CCAUUUGCAGACCUUAUCAAACGUGAAAAAGGUCAAUUUACAUUUGAUAAUAACAAUAACAAACACUCAUGUGUUAGGAGAACGUAGAAAUGGCAAUUCUGCGUGCUUUUGUAGACUUGACGGUAGAGGGUUUGUUUGCAUAGUGUCAUUACAGGUUUGCAAAGUGUGCCUAGUUAGACAGCUUUCUCACAACUUGAACUUGACAGCAUCUGUAGCUUCUCCUGUUGUAGGUAACUAACGUUAGCUAGCUAGCUAUGGCAAUUGGCCGCGGACAACUUUUCCGCAGUUUCAGAGAGGGUUUGUUGAAGAAUGCCCCGCCAACAGAGGGUCAAGGACCGACAGGCAAAGAGAAUAGCAGACUCUGCGAGAAAAUGACUGGAUUUUCCCCGGGCAUUCAAAGUGUGGAACCACCAACACUGCCACGAAAGAAGAAGAGGAAAAAGAAGGCGGCAAAGGCUACUGUACUCUGUCAGCCAGUUGUACCACUGCCAAGGGUACCUACAAAGUCUACUGGACAUGCUGGCAAGCCAGCUGAGUGCACACCGAAUCACAUAGAGAGGAUGCCACCGGAGAUCCUUCUGAAGAUCCUAUCGUACCUGGAUGCCCUCUCUCUCUUCUCCAUCGGCUUCACCAACAAGCGAUUCUAUGAGAUGGCCCACAACAAUGGAAUGUGGCACAAGAUGUAUUCUGCAGAGUAUGGACACAGUAAGAAGUGGAGGCCCAAGCGUUUGGACGAGGUGCUGGAUAAACUGAGUGCGGUGGUGGUCCAGGAGAGACCAGAGGGCUAUUGGAGAAGACUGUACUUCAGGACCAUGGCUGGCUUCAAUGAGACCAAGUGGAGGAAGGAGUUGAGAGACAUCAACCCUUUCACAGGCUUGCCCAGUCAGACUGAAAGAAUCCUCAGGAGCCAGCGUGUGACCUGGGAGAUCACAGUGUCUGACAAGUGGGGGUUGGAGGGGACGUUUGAGCAGAGUCGUGCCUACUUCUCUGACUCGUCCGUGACGGUGUGCUGGAGCAGCGGGCGCUGGCCCUCCUUCCACCAGCUCUCUACCUUACAGCUAGAUGGUGUCAAAAGACAAGCUCUCAGUUCCCCUAACAUCAAUAAGCCUGGCUGGCGGUCUCUGAUGGCUAAGUUUGACAGGAACACCAUCUCUAAGAGUGGCCAGGUCAUCGGUAGAGACCAACUAGUCACCCUGGUACUCUUUUCGCCUAGCAUCGUCAUUGGCGUCUGGAGGGGCAGGUGGUCCAUUGCCUUUGUGAUGGCCAGCUUCCACUACCACAGGCUGGUGGAGAGGAGUCUUCUGGGCACCUCAAUGUGCCCCUAUUCCAUGCCAGAGAACAAGCCUCCUUUCGACGACAUGGACCCUGACUCCGGCCUCCAUGGUUACACGCUCCGCAUUAUACUACACAACACUGUGACCCAGAUCAUGGCCGGCCACUUCUCUCAACUCUACUGUAGCAAAAGUCAGGUCCAUGGUGGUUUCAUCCAGCUGAAUGUCAUCAACAGGGGAAGCCUGUCCCAGCACACCCCUCUCUCUGGCAGGAUCAGCCUGCCCUGGAAGUGUGAGGCUCUAGAGGGCACCGUGGAGAAUUGCUGCAUGAUGAGCCUGACCCUGAUGGAUGAGUACCAGAACCCCUUCUGGUGUGUCAGCACACCCGUGUGUAUGGCACUGAACAGUAAGGAGCCAUCCAACGACUACGAGGGUCAGCACUUCCUGAUCAAGUACCAGGAUACAGAAGGCAAGGUGAGGAUGGACCUUGUGUGGCUGGAAGAGCAGAGACAGUACUUCCUCAUCAAUCUGGUAGUCUUCAUCGCCACGGCCAAAGUCAACAAGUACUUUGGGAGAGCCUACUGACGCUGCAUGUAGAGGUGGCACUGUACUACAAUCCUCUAUCCUAAGGCCUUCAUAAUGAUGACAAAGUGGUGACAUAAACUGUCAUGACAGCUGACAACUGCUUAUGACAUCUGUUAUGUUGUUGUUAUGCAGUAUAAUGUAGGCCUUAUGAUACAAGCUUGAAGUAAAGUGUUGAGCCUGUAUACAGUAUGUCAAUUGAUGACAUAGUUUAGUUGUGUUUUGUUCUGAGUAAGUUUGAAGUAGUUCAAGUUUGAGGGUUUGCCCCGGCCAGUUUUCAUUAUUUCUGUAUAUUUAUAUAGUUUUAUGCAUUGUUUUGUGAAUCAUUAGUACACAUUGUUAAAAUGUAAUCCUACUUUUUUUAAGUAUGUCUCGCCAUAUUAUAAAGAGCAAAACUACAUGUGAAAUGUGUUAACAGAGUUGAACUAUUUUGGGUUUGUAAACUUUCUGUUACAGAUGGACUAUCUGAUUCUGAUAAAUAUUCUGAUUUAUAUA